AUAGGUCAUGGUAUCUGUCAAAAAAUAAAUAAACAAAACAGUUAAGACAGAGUGAGAGUUUUAAAUUUUGAUGAUACUUUACUUUAACGGAAUUUUACUAAUAUCAAUACAUACCUUUUUUAAUGGAGAACGCUAACUUAAUAUUUGCUGGGACUUAUCAAAUAUCCCCUUUAGAAGUAGAAGACAUGAAACUUGAAAUUAAAGAGGAGAAUGACUUGGGUUCAACAUAUUUACGAGACCAUAAGUCUGAAUAUGCAGAUUCAGUUACAAUUAAUGAAGCUUCUGGUCCUGGAGCAAUGUUCAAGUUUCCAAAAGUUGAACAAAAGAACAAAAUAAAUUGGGAAGCAGGACUGAACAUUAACCACCAAUACUAUCCUUUCGAAAACAAGUAUUAUUUGAAUACAUCUAUAGAUCUUGGAGAUUUUAAAACUGAAGAGACUAAGGAGUACUCUUUAUCUAAAACAUUAGCUGAAAGUGGCAUUAAAGAAAGAAAAAGAAAGUUUACAAUAUCUAAUGUCCAUAUAAAAAAAUGGUUAGCUCGUAUAAAUUCAAGAAAAAGCAAUAUAUCCACCUGCAUUAUAUGUGGAGAAAUUUGUAUAGGAAUGUCAAAGUUUUUUUGUCACUUCUACAUCUACCAUUAUAUAAAGAAAACCAAGAAGAAGAAGACAGUCACAAGCGUCUCACAAACCGUGUCCCUUGAAUCUCUGCGAAAGAAAAAUAAAGAAGAAUUACUGGAAUCUUAUUACGAAAAGAUCUACACGUUUGAUAAAAUUGAACGUUUAUAUAAUUGUAAUGUGUGCUUGAGGAAGUAUGACAAAUCCCACAGAAAGUCACAUUUGAUUUGGCAUACGGAAGAAUGCAGAGUCCAAUGUGAAGUGUGCUAUAGAGGCUUCCAUACCGAAUCAUACUUCAAAAGACACCUCUGUGAACCAACGAAAGAAAAAACUUUAAAGUGCGAAUAUUGUUUCAAGAAAUAUGUAACUAGCAAGCAGUUGGCUAUUCAUAUGAGUAAACACACUGGAGAAAAACCAUAUAAAUGUUCAAUUUGUCCAAUGCAGUAUUCAGGAACAUGGGCUCUGGAAGCGCAUAUGGGACUCCAUACUGGAAAAAAACUGUUUAAAUGUAAUGUAUGCUUUAAACUCUUUACUCAUAAUUUUAGACUGAAGAGACAUUUACGCCAGCACGCUGAAAACGGUCCUUCAACUUGUACGAUAUGUUUAAGACGAUGUACGAGCAAAAGUAAAAUGAAACAACACAUGAAAGUACACAAUAUGCAAAAUUCGGUCCAAUGUGAUGUAUGUUUUAGGAUUUUUGCUCGAAAGUGUGACUUGAAUAAGCACUUACCGAUACACACAGACCAUAAACCUUUCCAGUGUGACGUUUGCUCAAAGUCUUUUAGAAAAAAGGGUCAGCUGAAGAUUCACGCUUACAUACAUCGCAAAGACAGACCUUUUUCAUGUCAGCUAUGCUCCAAACAAUUCGUAUUGAACUGUUUACUCAAGAAACAUAUGGAUCUACAUAAUGUUGAUAAUCCACUGCUUUGUACAUUAUGUUCUCGAAGUUUUCUGACAGAAGAUGCACUAAAACGCCAUCAGCGCGUACAUAAUGGUGACAAACGUUACGAAUGUGACGUAUGUUUCAAGGUAUUUACACAAAACUGUAACUUAACCAAGCAUAUGCUUAUACACACAGGCGAGAAACCCUUUAAAUGUGGUAUAUGUUCCAGAUCUUUUAAACAAAACUGUCAAUUGCAGCAACAUGCCUAUGUUCACGGCGGAAAGAAACCUUUUUCUUGCUCGAUUUGUUCUAAACAGUUCACCAUGAAGUGUAUGUUGAAGAAACAUAUGUGUUUGCACACUGGAGAAAAUCUGUUAAAAUGUGAAAUAUGCUCCAAGCAAUUUUCAUAUAAUUCUAGAUUGAAAAAGCAUAUGAAGACGCACGGUGUGGUCUUAGAUGUCAAACCCACUCCAGCUAAACCAGUACGCGAAAAAAUUAAAGAAUCAGAUGAUAAAUCCUUCAGCUGCGAUAUUUGCACGAAAUCUUUUAGAAAAAAGCCGCUUUUGCAGCAGCAUAUGCUCGUGCACAAUGGGAAGAAACCUUUUUCGUGCACAAUAUGCUCUAAGAAGUUUACAUACAACUGUCAACUGAAGAAUCAUAUGCGUGUGCACAGUGGAGAGAAGCCAUUCAAAUGCGACAUUUGUUCUAAACAGUAUACAUCAAAUGAGAAUUUAAAGACGCAUAUGCUUAACCACACCGGUGAAACACCCUUCAAGUGCCACACUUGUCCCAAUUCAUUUAGAACAAAUAGUCAAAUGAAAAAACACAUUUGUAUAAAAAAUGAAGAAACUGCAAUAUUAGAAUCGGUGGAAACAAAUAGUUUUUAAUUUGUAAUGGUACAUAAAACAUGGACGUUAAUUAUUUUAUACCAUUCAAGGUCUAAAAUUGUCGAAUGUCUCACAAACCUCGUCCGUUGAAUCUCUGCGAAAGAAAAAUAAAGAAUUACUGGAAUCCUACUACGAAAAGAUCUACACGUUUGAUAAAAUUGAACGUUAAUAUAAUUGUAAUGUGUGCUUGCGAAAGUAUGACAAAUCCCACAGAAAGUUACAUUUGAUUUGGCAUACGGAAGAAUGCCAAUGUGAAGUGUGCUAUCGAGGCUUCCAAACCGAAUCAUACUUCAAAAGACACAUCUGUAAGGGCGGAUCCAGGACAGAUUUUCGGGAGGGGCCAUGAACUUUUUUGGGGAGGGUACCGUGGGAUCUGGGAGUAAUUUUUAAAAAUCAUGGAUACAAAGGUGAGUUUUAAGGCACUUUUCACAAACUUUUGAAUGUCAUAAAGACAUUCAAAAUUCCUACACAUUUCUUCGGAUCCAAGUGCAGUUCUUUUAACAAGUUAGAUACUUAUUUUUCCCAAUGCUUCUUCUGUCAGGCCUUGUUCUUCCCCUCUUUAUUGAGUUUCACUAAUUAUUUUUAUGUUCUAAUAAGCGUCAGUCAACUUGACAAAGUCUUCACGAAUGUUAUUGUGUAUGUAGGUAUCUCAAAUUUAAAGAAAAUGUUCCACAUGAAAUACGUCGGUCGUUUUUUUAAAUAUUACAGAGUAAUAAUUUGCACUUUGAACCUGAUUCAUUAUUUGUUUAAUUAUUUCUUCACCAAAACAUGUUAUCAAUUAAUUUUGACUGGUGCUACUAAUUUAUAUUGCUCGGGAAGAUGCUGUGGAUAGGUGUUGCUUAAGAGUCUUAUCUUCUGAUGCUACUCUAAACCUUAACAAUUCCCCUCAUUACUAGGUCCAGCAUCUUCGUCCAGAAGCAGAAGGCCAUCAUCACUCUGGCCUCUUAUACGAAUGAUUUGUAGACCUAAAGAACACUACCUUAUAGACAUAGACUCUACUAUUGGUCUUAUUGAUCUGUUUAGACCUCUGAGGGUCUACCUGGUCAAUAAAUGACUUUUGCGGGUUGCGACUUUGUAGAAAAUCCAGCCCAACCUGAACGUUGAAUGCUACUUCUUGUGAUAUGAUGUUUUUUCAUGAGUUUGUAUGGCUCAGUCUUUGCCCAUGAGUUUGAUGAAAGAUGUUAAAGGUUUCGUGACAAGGCUUUGGGCGAUCAUCCCAUUAUUGUGACCAUAUUUUUCAGUAGAAAAAUAAAACUCAGCACUUGCAGGACAAUCCCUUUUGAAUGUGCGAAAGUACCAACCAACUACUUUGUUUUUCUAAGUGGUCGCGACCCAAGUAACGCUACAUUUCUUUUUUAUUCUUUGUGUGUACAAAAUAUGGAAAUUAAUACGAUUUUGAUGGCUAUUCAAGGUCGUUCUAACAUGUUGAUUUACAAAACAUAAUACGUCUUUCUUGAGGUGUCCGUUACUGCUUUUGUUCAAUUCUAGUCCAGAACACAUAAUAUCGUCGGUAUACUGCGAAAACCAGGUAAAUGUAGAAAUACCGAAAUCGAGAAAAAACGUUUUUAAAGUUUAUUGCUUUAUUUUGAAUUAUACGGACCAGUUGUGUUUGAUAUUCGAUAUGCUAACGAAAGAUGCAUAUAUCAGAAAUAACAUUCUAUCAUUAGUUUGAAAAAGUGAAGAGACCUAGCUGAUUAAACCUAAAUUUAAGAUCAAGGUGCGAUCACUUACCUAGUUUUACCUGUAAAUCAAAAUAAAUCACACUGUAUUAAAGACACUUAUCAGCUUUUUACUGAAUAUGGUAGAUAUACAGCAGUAGAAAUAUAUUGUUUUCCGGCAAAUAUAUAUGUGCGCUUAGUUGGUUUUACAUGCCACAGAACUUUGAUUUUAUGGAAGUAAGUAGCGAUAUAUUGUUUUAUUUGAAAAUGAAAAGUUGGUUAGGUGUAACUUAUUUGUUUAUUAUAUAAAUUAUCUGCUGAAUGGUAAAUUGUAUCAUUUAUUGAGUUUUACCUGUAUGUAGAACGUAAAAAGCUGAGAAUUUUGAUAUACUUAACUCAAUAUUUUAAAAUUUGUCAUUUACCUGGUUUUCGCAGUAUACUGACGAUAUGUACUUAUCCACUGUUUUGUACAUAUACAUGUGUUUGAAAUUAAAAACAUUUGAACUGCAAAUAUUUAAAUUUAUAUCUUUUUAAAUUCUCGGAGGGGGCUAUUGCCUCCAUGGCCUCCUCCCCGGAUCCGCCCUUACUGUAAAGCAACAAAAGAAAAAAAUCUUAAAGUGCGAAUAUUGCUUCAAGAAAUACGUAGCUAGUAAGCAGUUCGCCAUCCAUAUGAGUAAGCACACUGAGUAAACAAACCAAUGCAUUAUUCGGGAAAAAUGGGCUCUGGAAGCGCAUCUGGGACUACAUACUGGAAAAAAACUGUUCAAAUGUAAUAUAUGCUUUAAACUCUUUACUCAUAAUUUUAGACUGAAGAAGCAUUUACGCCAACACGCUGAAAACGGUCCUUCAACUUGUACGAUAUGUUUAAGACGAUGUACGAGUAAAAGUAAAAUGAAACAACACAUGAAAGUACAUAAUAUGCAAAGUUAUGUCCAAUGCGAUGUAUGUUUUAGGAUUUUGGCUCGGAAGUGUGACUUAAAUAAGCACUUACCGAUACACACACACUAAUCGCGCCAGUUAAUUCAUCCAUUGUAAUGUUUGGUAAAUAUAAAGUCAACUUCUUGCUCGCCCUUUCUUUCCUCGUUUUCCACUUGUACUGUGUGGUUCGUGUUGUAGUAAUUUCUGGAAAUACUCUUUCCAUCGUCUCAUAAUGUUCAAUUCGUCAGUCAGUAGAUCUCCAUUCUGAUCUUUUAUUGAUGUUAUUGCUUUAUGUUUAUUACCUCUUAUUCCUUUUAUGACCUUAUAAAAUAAUUUCUGAUUGCUUCUGCUAUCAUGUUCUAAUUUGUCUCCAAAAUCUUUCCUAAGCUUUCCUUGCUAAGAGUUAUAAUAUGUAUAUGGAGGCAAAAAACAAGGCGGAAGGAUUCGUGCAACGAACAAACGGAACUAGGGGAACUGUAUAACGAACCAACCAUCAGUCGUUUCAUACAGGCGGAGAAAGAGAUGGAUGGGGCACGUGAUGAGAAUGGAAAGGAUGAGGAUGCCACAUAUGAUCUUAAAACGGGGCCCAAUCACGAAAAGAAGAACGGCCCAGACAAAGAUGGUUUGAUAGCGUACAGGAAGAUCUCAGAAUCGAAGAGGAAAUCGAUUGUUGCGAAGAAAGAGCAACAAACAGUAGUUAGUAAACAAGGUGCAUGAUUGAAAAAGAAGCCACUUCAUUUGAUAUUUUGUAAUACACUAAGCAUCAAAAUUAACGCACCACCUUAAAAAUGGGACAUUUUUGAUGUCUCAUAUUUCCUAAACCUGUUGUCCGAUUUUAGCGAGAUUUUUAGUAGGUAUAUUAUAGCUUUAUUAUUCAAGAAUAUCGAUGUAAUAAUAUUUUUGCUAAACAGGUAAGUGUCAUAGCGGAUGUAACAAUGAUGGCGAGUUUCUUCCUCAAAGUUUGGAACACCCUGUGGAAUAUUCUAGCGUACUCGUAUAUAAAAUAUUGAAAUUAAAACUUAACUGUAGCCUUAGGCUUUCCUAACAUUUUGCUUUUUGAUUCAUUCGUUUAUGUGGGAUAAUAAAAAAGUUAGGUGCUUUAACAACUAGCCAUGUUAUUCAUCAAUACAGGGUGUUUCUAAAUAAGUGCGACAAAGUUUUAAGGGGUAAUUCUGCAUGAAAAAAUAAUGACCGUUUGCUUUAUAAACAUAUGUCCAAAAAUGCUUCGUUUCCGGGAUACGGGAUGUUGAUUUUCUUCUUACAAAUUGACGAUAUAUUUAUUGCUCUAAAACCGGUUGAGAUAUGCAAAUGAAAUUUGGUACGUUUUAAGAGGUAGUUAUUGCGCAUUUUUUGACAUACAAUUAAGAAUUUUAUAUUCACCAUUGGCGUGCAUACGGGAUGUAUCUAAAAUGUUUAUACCUGUAUGUACGCCAAUUCUUAAUUGUAUGUCAAAAAAUGCGCAAUGACUACCUCUUAAAACCUACCAGAUCUCAACCAGUUUUAGAGCAAUAAAUAAAUCGUCAGUUUAUAAGAAAACAAUUUUUCAUACAGAAUUACCCCUUAAAGUUUGUCGCAAUUAUUUAGAAACACCCUGUAUUGAUGAAUAACAUUGUUAGUUGUUAAAGUACCUAACUUUUUUAUUAUCCAACAUAAGCGAAUGAAUCAAAAAGCAAAAUAUUAAGAAAGUCUUAGGCUACAGUUGAGUUUUAAUUUCAAUAUUUUAUAUACGCUAGAAUAUUCCACAGGGUGUCCCAAACUUUGAGGAAAAAACACACUAUCAUUGUUACACCCGGUAUACAAUGACACUUACCUCUUUAGCAAUAAUAUUAUUACAUCGAUAUUCUUGAAGAAUUUAAGCUAUACUAUACUAAAAAAAUCACUCAAAUCGGACAACAGGCUCAUGAAAUACCAGACAUCAAAAAUGUCUGAUUUUUAAGGUGGUGCGUUAAUUUUGAUGCUUAUAGUGUAGAUAGGUAGGUAUUAUAUUUUAUCAUAUUUAAUUGUAUUUUAGCCCUAGACCUUCAACACCUGUUGAGCUUUGUAAAUAAAUAAAUAAAACAUGGACGUUAA